GUGGAGGAGGGAGAGACGCUGGCCCAGGGCCGAGGGGCGUGGGCACCGGGAGGCGGGCCCGGGUUAGGGGCGGGACCACCCCCUGGUUAAAGGCGCUCAUUUCCCAGGCAGUCGCUCCAGCCGCCACACUUUUGCCCCCGCAACGAUGUCCCUGUCGCCACUUCUGCUGUUCCUGCUACCGCUGCUGCUGCUGCUGGACGACCCCACGGCAGCAGUGCAGGCGUCCCCUCUGCAAGCGUUAGACAUCUUUGGGAAUGGGCCGCCAGUUAACUACAAGAUGGGCAAUCUAUACCUGCGGGGACCCGUCAAGAAGUCCGAUGCACCGCUUGUCAACGUGACCCUCUACUAUGAAGCACUGUGCGGUGGCUGCCGCUUCUUCCUGAUCCGGGAGCUUUUCCCAACGUGGCUGAUGGUCAUGGAGAUCCUCAAUGUCACGCUGGUGCCCUACGGAAACGCACAGGAACAAAAUGUCAGCGGCAGAUGGGAGUUCAAGUGCCAGCAUGGAGAAGAGGAGUGCAAACUCAACAAGGUGGAGGCCUGCCUGUUGGAUGUACUUGACAUGGAUCCAGCCUUCCUGACCAUUGUCUGCAUGGAAGAGUUUGACGACAUGGAGAAAAGUCUGCCACUAGUGAGUGACGCCCCUCACUCCUCACGAGGAGGGGUCAAGGGUGGUAACCUUCCCUACACCCAGGCAGACCCAAAUUCAAGUCUUAGCCCUGACCACUGCUGUCUGUGCAGCCCAAGAAAACAACUACCCUUCUUUAUUUUAUUUAUUUAUUUAUUUAUUUUUUCUUGAGACGGAGUCUCGCUC